CCCGAUCCAGGCGGUGAAUGAGUCCGUGAGCAUGCGCCAGCUGUUGCCAUUUGAUCAAGCUGGUCGCUUUUGAUCCGGCAUCGUUCCAUCGACCGAAGCAACGAUCUUACCGUUCAGAUCAGCAAGGCGUGAACCGUCACCUUGGCGGACACACCGGCGACAACCAGUUGACCGAUGGUGGCUGACGACACCGACAUCGCCAGACGCAUCAGCGCCGCCGCUGCAGCCAUGUCGGGAAAAGAUCAGCAUCAUCUCCCUCUGGUCAUCAAGAAGACAACAAAUGCUCUGUUCAAGGGCAAAGUGGACGUGCGGAAGGCUGGCAUGGGGACCGCGCGGUUCGCGGCGGAGUGGGCGGUGAUUGGGGUGUUCCUCGCGGCGCUGUUCAACAUCUACAACCCCAGGCGUGACCCGUCAGCGCCGGCCAACGCAGCGGCCAACUCGGCACCGAUGGUGUGGUGCUUCUUCAUCAGCAUCGCUGUGCAUGGCUUGGUGGCUCUCGUCACCUCGGGGACGAUGCAGGUCGGUCAUCAAUUAAAUGAGCUACCCGGAAGUGGCGGAGUGGACGCAUAUCAUCUACUCAUUGUUUGUGUGGCAUGUGGCUAUGUGUGUGUGUGUGUGUGUGUUUUGUUUGUCAGGCCUAUGCGAGGUGGCGCUUCAACACGUCCAAUGCGUUUCGGCAGCAUGCUUCGGUGCACGCCGAGUACAUGAGCAUCAUGCAGUCGUCUGUGCGGAAGAAGACCUUCGAGUUCAUACCCACAAGUACGCAGCCGAGCCGUCUAUGGCAGGCAGCCUGAAGGACAAUCAGACAAUACGCAAAGUCAUCCUCUGUGUGUGUGUGUGUGUGCAGCGUGGUUUGGACUUCCUCGGCUCCGUCCGCUGGUGGCCAACUGGGUGUCGUCCCAGAGCUAUCUGUCGUCUUCCCUCAUCCGCACCGCCAUGUGGUGCUGCGUCUGGCUCGCCUUCACACCAUACUGGUCAGUCAGCGCUGACCACAACAUAUGACAAAGAAAGAGCCGCCACGACAGGAAGGCUCCAGCUCAUGCGGCUCAUGGGUGUGUGUUCCGUAUGUCCUUGUGCCUGCGCAGGCGUCGUGACAGUGGCGAGACGCCCUGGGACUUCAGCCAGAUCCCAGCCACCUACUACUGGCUCGAACGAAUCUUCCUCUCCGCGGUCGGUCAGCACAUUUUGCCUCCCACUUCAUCUGGCUCGUCGUGCAGGUGUGCAUGUGCAUGUGUCUGUCUGUCUGUCUGUCUGUGUCAGGCGACGAUAGACUUCUGUUUCCUCUACUACGUGGCGCACGAGAAGCACAGGUUCCUGUUUCGAUGGGCGACGCUGAUCGAGAUCAUCACGCUGCCGCCCUGGAUAUGGCUCGUGUCCUCGCAGUUCUUCGAAGACAUCACGGGUACGUCAGGGAGUGAGAAGAAAAGACUGCAGACAGCGCAGGAAGGUGAGCAGGUGUGGGUGUGGGUGGUGUGUGUGCAGGUUACCACAUCGAGCCCACCCAAUAUCUUCUGGCGUUUGGUUACUUCAGAUUCUUCAGGCUAUACGGUAGGUAGAACAACACGCAACACACCUGCCUGCCUGUCUGGCACUCUGCUUCAUAGCUAGGACGGGGUGAGGCCACGUCUGUCUGUCUGUGUGUCUGUCUGUCUGUCUGUCUGUGUGUGUUUGUGUCGGUGCCAAUUAACCGCAGGCAUCACGCCGGUAUUGCGGAAGGCCUUUCCCCACGUGAGCCCCAGCCGCAUUCAGGUCAUCGCCAUCGUCCUCGCGAUAACCUCCACGCUACUCGUCUUCGCAGGUCGGUGGCCAAUGGGGGUGGGUGGCUGAGGGAGUUAAACAAACGACACCGCACUCGCUGCAUGUGCUGUGCUGUGUGUCAUGUGUGUGGUGUGUGUGGUGUGGUGUGGUGUGCUAUGUCAGGUCUGAUGUGGUAUUUGGAGGGUGAGAACAGCGACAGCGGCCCCGAGUUCAACAGCCUCUUCCCCGACUUCUUCUACUUCGCCAUCGUGACCUUCUCCACCGUGGGCUACGGUGACUUCUCGCCCACCUACAAUGUCUCACGUAUCGUGGCCAUCAUCGCCAUCAUCGUCGUGGUCGUGUGGAUCCCCCUCGAGACCUCCACACUCAUCGUGAGUGAGCGACAGACAGAGGGCAUCGCGUGAAUCGAAGCACGCCUAUGUCAAUCCUUCCUUGUGUGCUGCUCCUCCGUGUAUGCAGAGGCUGCUGGUGGCCCCCGUGACGCAGAUCGGUUCUCUGCCGAGCGUGUGGGAGCGGCACGACUUCAUCUUGAUGGUGGGCAAGCCCAUCCCUGACCAGGUGGACGUCUUCCUUGAAGAGAUUUUUGCCUUCAGCGACCAAGUGCCCAAGUGAGGGAGGUCGUACGUCACGUACGCAGCGAUAGAUAUUUGUGCGUCCAUGUGUGUGUCUGUGCGUGUGGUAUACCUAUUCAGGAAGGCGGUGUUGCUGACGCCGAACGACCCGUCUCAGUACGUGGACCAGAUCGGCAAGGCCAUGGACUUCUUCCGCAUCAGGCUCACCGUCAAGAAGGGAGACGCGGUGAGCAGAAACACGGGCAGACAGAUCAAUUCCAGCAAGCUAAGCAACUCCUAUGUGUGUGUCGGCUGGCCGGCGGCUCCUCAGGGUGACGGCGGGGGCAUCUGUGACCUCAGAGAAGUGCGGGCAAGCGAUGCACGGUGAGAUACCAGCAGCACAGCAUUACAUUCCCCAUGUCGGUUGAUGUGCUGUGGUGACGUCACGUCAGGGCGAUAUUCGUCUUGUCGAACCCAUGGGCGAUGCAUCUGGUUGAGGAGGACCGCCGGACCAUCGUGCGCUGCCUGGGGCUUCGCAAGUUCGUGUCGAUGAAGCGCGUCAGCCUGCAGCUCAACACCGACACAGCCAAAAGCCUCGCGCUCAGCUUUGGCUGCGACCAGGUAAGGUACCUAGACUGUGUGUGGGCAUCCCACAGGAUGGAUCGAUGCCAUUCAUUGAAUCAUGCAUGUGUCGCGCGCGAGCGUGUGUGUGUGUUUGUGUGUGUGUGUGUCCAUGUAGGUGUUGUGUUUCAACGAGCUCAAGGUGAAGGUCCUGGCUAAGAGCUGCACCACUUGCCCAGGCAUCAUCGCACUGGUGGGCACACAGCACGACUCGACACACAGGUCACACGCCAUCCAUCCAUCCAUCCACUUCUCAGCUGGUGAAUCUUGGCCGCACGUGCGAGGUGGCCUACCGCGACCCCAAGGACGCCCCUUCCAUGUCGGACGCCGAGCGGCGCUUCUUUGAGUACGCCCAGGGCACUCGAUACGAGCUGUACCGCUUCGACUUCCCCAAAUGCUUCCACGGGGAGUCAUUCCAGGUAGGCAGCUGCGCUUCGUGUGGCCAGAUGGUUCAUGCCAUCCGAUAGGUGGAGUGAGUGGUGGGCAGAUUCCGCAUCUAUCCUUGUGUUGUGUUGUUUACUUGUGUAGGAGGUGGUGAUGGGGCUGUACGAGUGCUUCGGGGUGCUGGUUAUCGGCAUCAUCAAGGAGAACAGCGACAACAUCUACCUCAACCCUCUCAAUGGUAUGGUCAGCCAGACAGACAGGCAGGGAGCAACAGCCCCACUCACUACCACACCACACUAUGCCCCUUUGUUGGUCGGUCUUUGCAGGUACGUCCCUGGACCGAUUGGGCAGCUGCAAUGACCCCUGCAUCGAGGCCGACGACCACGGCAUCGUCAUCGCCCAGGACCCCGACCAGCUCAAGCUUCUCUCCGGCCUCCCUGCAGUGCCAUGGGUGCGUCAGAUUGCAUCACACACCCACACACCCUGUAUGACGCCCCCUUCUCCCUCCCGAUGUGUGUGUGGACUCUGUCAGAUCGUCGAGAGGGCGGAGAACGUGUCCAAGAGCACCCUCUCCUCGGCCACCACUAACGACGGUGGUAAGGGGCGCCCGCCGUACGGCACCGCCGCCCCCCGCGCCAACACCAGCGACAGCACCACAGCACCGUGCACGGACAGCCAGCUAUCUAUGUCGACGGACGCACUCCAGCAGCCACAGCAGCAGCAGCAGCAGGACGAAGGCAUUCAACCCAGAUACCACUCCAACCCACUGGUACCUACCCACUUGACAGACUGAGAAUGCUCCGGCAGGCCUCUCUGUCAAGACGUGUGUGUACUAUGUCUUUGUCAGGUGUUGGUGCGUGACGAUGCGUCUGGUCUGGUGUCGCCACUGCACAGCUUCAUGCGCUCCAGCCGCCGAUCGUCCCUAGCAGAAGCCGCAGACACCGCAUCCCCGAUAGACAACGGCACAGGGCCAUCGUCAUCGCCCCUACAAGUGCCCCGCUUUCCCCACCGGCAGCCCCCCCAGACCCAGACCCACACCCUCCAUCCCCCGCCAGCAGGCGACACCGACGAGCAUGAGCAUGCCGACGAAGCCAGGAUCGACGGCAUGUCCCCACGACAGAAACAGAGACCCUCACGCAGCCCCUGGCGCGCCAAGACCGUCGGCUUCGGUUCGCUCCGCCGGAGGUCGCCCACACGCAGGAGGCCUGACGACGACCAUCCCACAACGAGCGAGGUGAUCAUGCGUCGGGGCCCAGCACCAGGGGCAUCGGCAACAGCUGAGCCGCUCUCACCACGAGGGCAGGGGGGCAGGAGGUCCUCUCCGUCACCACGCCGGCAGUUUGGCGGGCUGAGGGGCCGGGCCCGCGAUUUGCUGUGGUGGGCGGGGAUGCAGUCAGAUGUGAUGCUGCCCAAGGGGUGGGGCGGGCGGACGGAGAAUGAGAGCGGCCACGAGGCGCGGCCUCUGGUGGCCUUUGAGGGGGAGAGGGAGGGAGAGGGGGACGAAGGGCUGGCCGAUGAGGACCUGACUGGCGACAGGAUCCUGCGGCACAAGACGAGCCUGCCGAUGGAGGCCAUCGUUGAGACGGUCAGGGGGGAGCACCGCCGAUUCACCACCCCACGCAGGCCGCCACAGCAGUCGCCACUUGACCGACCUGACGGUGAGUGAGCAUCACACACAUGCAUUGCAAUCCCAUCUAUCCACUCAUUGUCCUCUGUUUGUGUGUCGAUCAGCGUCCUGGUGGCUGCAGACGCGCAACAUCAUCUCAGCGGAGGGCAAGGCGGAGCUGGACCUGGUCGACGAAAACGACGAGGCCGUCAAGGAAGAACAGCAGCCACAACGACAAGGCCAGGAGGGCGACACUGACCACGACCACGAGGCACCCUCCAUCAGAGAUGUACGUCACACAGACAGAAUCACACACAUACACAUCAGGCACUUGCUUUGUCUGUCCAUGUGUUGCUGUGUGUGUCAGUGUGAGGUGCACUCCUUGGACGAGGCCCGCCAGGUGUGGGGCAACGACAAGCCGUUUGUGCUGGUGUGCGGGUGGCCCCGGGCGCUCAGUCUGCUGGCCCAGUGGGUGUGCCGGUCGUCGGAGUUUAACGUGGUGGUGCUGACGCCCCUCAUCCCGCCACCAUGGAGCAGCUUCUCGUCACUCGCGCCGUUCGCCAAGCAGAUCGCACUCAUCAAGGGGUCGCCCCUGAGACAAUCCGACCUUAUGCGGUAAGCCCGCAUUCACACCCACUGCCCCUUCUCCCUUUUGCCUUGCCCAACACACACAUCAUAUCUCUCUCUCUCUCUCUGUGUGUGUGUGUGUGUGUGUGUCUGACAACCACAGUGCUGGCGUGGUGGAGGCGCACAGCUACGUCAUCUUCAGCGCCCGCCACGAUCCCGAUGACCGUUUGAGCGAGUCCGACGACCAGCAGGAUGUGGACAUCAUCCUGGUCUGCCACAAGAUACAGGCCCUUUUAGUGUCAGCCGCGGCCAGGCAACGGGCACACUUCAACUGGGAGCGCUUCCAGAUCGACCACCCCCACCCCUCACUGCCACCCAAGACCACAAUGGCGGCAACAGCUGCGUGUGAUGGCCAUGGGGGAGGGAGAAGGGGUGAUGGUGCGAUGAUAAAGCGGCGGAGCGACAUGAUCAUGAUCAGCGAGCUGCACAGGACGUCCAACGUGCGCUUCCUCGAUGCGUCGCCAUGGUCAGUGGAGAGAGACAGAGAGAGAGAGAGAGAGACAGAGAGAGAGAGAGCCACACACAUGAGGGAAAGGCUCGUCUGAGUGUUGUGGUGGCACGGUGCACUGCAUGAUGUUCAUUCAGGUGGCCGUCUGACCCCGCUUGGAUUGGCAGGCGCGACGAGAGCACCAACCAGCAGUUCAUCAGCUACAUCGACUCUCCCGAGUACGCCGCAGGCCGCGUCUUCUGCGACCACAUGCUCUACAGGUAAACAAGGAAGGUACCUCCACCUCCAGCACCCAACUCAGUCAGCCCCUUUUUCCCCCUUCCACCCAAUCCUGUCCUGUUGUGUCGUCCGUCAUGUGGUCAGUUUGAUCUGCCAGUCUCGUUGGGUGUGCGACAUAGCCUGCGGCCCCCGUGUGGUGGACCACCUGCUGGGCGAGUCGACCGUCAAGCAGUCGGCCAUCGUCUCGCUCACCCACUCACGGGGCGGCCUGUGGUUAUCCUCACCUGAGACGGGCAUCUCGACAGUGCCCGUCAGCAAGGACCUCGCUGGACUGGCCUUUGGGGACGCGCUGCCGCUGCUGCUGCAGAGGAAACUCAUCCCCAUUGGCGUCUACAGAGCGUAAGCAGGCCAAGGCCACCCCACACACAAGCAAUGCAAUCUGUGUGUGUGUGUGUGUGUGUGGUGGAUGGAUGGCGUCAGUGCGUGUGAUGCGGUUGAGCUCCCUUACGUGGUGUGCAAUCCGGAGCCGAGCUUUCGUCUGGACGGGGGGGACCUCAUCUACGUCGUCCUGCCCUGCAGACCCAUACACACCGCCGCCACCGCCACCAACAGAUGCACUGGCGUAUGAGUGAGUGGACCGGCCUGGCUGGCCAUGUGCCAGUUGGUUUGGUCUUUGGUUUCUAGAGCCAGGCAGGCAGGAUGGCAUGCAGGCAGGCAGGAAGUCGGUGUGUGAGUUUUUUCAUUUAGAAGGCAUUUGUCAAUUUUUGGCCAGCCGAUCGGCGUCCGUCGGGUGGGUGUUUUUGUGCGUCAGGAGGAGUGAGCGGUGCUCAGGUGUUUAUUAGGGCGUGUGUUGUUCGUGUGGUGUGGCGUUGUGGCACAGUUGUCGGUGGACGGGGAGGGAGCAGUCAUUUCUGGUCGGCCUUUUAUGCCUUUGAUU